AUGGGGACAAAACCAGCUGCGGCCUUUGCUGGGCUUGACGGUGUCGAGGGGGGAGGCGUCGACGUAGCGCGUGCCAGUGCUGGGGGCGGCGUUGACCUCGCCGUCAAAGAGACCCGGCCUGUACACAUGGCACUCCGACGAGUGCGUCAGGCGGCAGAGUUCAGAGCGCGACCCCAUGGGCGGCAUGGAGGGGAUGCCUUCUGCGGGCGUCGCGGACAGCACCGGGUAUGA